GAAAAUAUGUGUAGUGACGCUCGCUUAUGACAUUCUACCGACAAUACGGCUCCACCGAAGAAGCGUCUGCAUCCAACAUUUGGGGAUAAUCUAUUGGCUUUCGGGGUCCAAAGGCAGGCCGUACCAUUCUGUGCACAUUACGGUCUGCAGUGACGCCUUUCAAAUCGGUUCUCAUGUUCUUGGACCUUCACUGCAGGUUACGCCAGGUGAACGCUGAAUGGAUGGUUGAAUCACUCGGGACUGUAUCGGACAAUGAUCUAUGCAAGCGAAUGUGGGCGUAAUAUCGUGCAGUAUUAGAAGGGCUUACUAGGCACACAGCAUUCGCUUCUAUUACGAAGCGAUGUCGUAUAAAAACCGCUAUGAUGCUCAUCAUAGACUGUAAACCACAGAACUUCUUAUGAUCUUAUGAUCUCAAUCACGACCGUAUUUUACAAUGCCUUCCUCUGACUCUAAGACCGGUGGCGCGUCCAAAAAUGGCGGAGCCAAGUCCUCUACUAUGGCAGCGUCUGAUGCCUCCAGAAUUCAGUCUUCUCAGGCACUUGGUGGGAAGGAUAUGUCUUCCGGUGGCUUCGCAGCGCGAGCUCAGAGUGCUGGCGACAAGAAUGCAAACCAAACAGGUGCUGGCGGCAAGUAGGGUCACAUCGAGACCGUAAUCUCAGAGGGUGUCCGUAGUGGUAGAGAUUUAGGUCUUGGCGCAACACCGAAAUGUCACUAAUGUCGUGUAUCUACCACUCAAUAAGCAUCCUACAAAGAAGCUGUCUUAUUUGAGCUAUGAUAUUCUCUUCCAUUGUUCGUUUGUUGCGCAUCGGACGCGUGAAAGACAAGGACUACACGAUAUGUGCCCUACUUACGCUAUAAUG